UCAGCCCCACCCCGGGGCUCGCCCGCAGCGGCGGGGCUUUGUUUCUGGGGAGGAGGACCCUGAGCUCUUUUGUUUGGGGGUUUUCUGUUUUCACCCCCCCACACCCCACACACACCCCAGCCUCGCCCUACCCCGCCCCAACCCCCGCGCCUCUCCGAUUUCCUGAGCUGCGGGCUGCAAAGGGAGGAGAAGCGGCUUCUUGCAACCCCCUCGGCUGGGCCCCGGGGUAAUUCGAUGCGGGCCUGGCGAGGCUCCCCACGUUAGACCUGGGCUCGCGUCUCGGCAGCCUCCACCCACCGGCCCACCCUACAUUUAGCGCAUCAUGUGAUCUGGAGUCCAAGCAUCAUGGGACUUUGAUUCAGCAAAUUCUAAUUGAGGCUGUUCAGUAACUUGCUCAUCAUUUUGUGGAGAGAAAUUUGGAAAAGUCUAAGGAUCAAUGUGACUCUAGAAACAAAUGGAUGAAUGAAUAUCCAUAUGAAGAGGAAAACCAUAAAGAAUCUCAACACUCUUGAGAACAGAAUGCUAAUGCUCGAUGGGAUGCCGGCCGUCAGAGUCAAAACAGAGCUUUUGGAAUCUGAACAAGGGUCUCCAAACGUCCACAACUACCCCGAUAUGGAAGCUGUUCCCCUGUUGCUAAAUAAUGUGAAAGGGGAGCCCCCAGAGGACUCAUUGCCUGUAGAUCACUUCCAGACACAAACUGAGCCAGUGGACUUGUCAAUCAACAAAGCCAGGACCUCCCCUACCGCAGUUUCAUCCUCCCCCGUCUCCAUGACAGUGUCUGCCUCCUCGCCUUCUUCAACUUCAACCUCUUCAUCAUCUUCUAGUCGUCCAGCCUCAUCCCCCACUGUUAUAACAUCAGUAUCUUCAGCAUCGUCUUCGUCAACAGUGUUAUCUCCAGGACCCCUUGUUGCCUCUGCAUCUGGCGUGGGCGGCCAGCAGUUUUUGCACAUCAUUCAUCCUGUCCCACCUUCCAGCCCCAUGAACUUACAGUCUAACAAACUCAGUCAUGUUCAUCGAAUCCCUGUGGUGGUACAGUCAGUGCCGGUUGUCUACACAGCCGUACGGUCACCUGGAAAUGUGAACAACACUAUUGUUGUGCCACUCCUGGAGGACGGGAGAAGCAAAGCACAAAUGGACCCCCGAGGCCUAUCUCCCAGACAAAGUAAAAGUGACAGUGAUGAUGAUGACCUGCCAAAUGUGACCUUAGAUAGCGUUAAUGAAACUGGAUCCACGGCCCUUUCCAUAGCCAGAGCAGUACAAGAGGUACAUCCAUCCCCAGUAUCCAGGGUCAGGGGAAACCGAAUGAAUAACCAGAAGUUUUCUUGUUCAAUCUCACCAUUUAGUAUUGAGAGCACAAGACGCCAGAGACGAUCAGAAUCGCCGGACUCCAGGAAGAGGCGCAUCCACAGAUGCGACUUUGAAGGAUGCAACAAAGUGUACACAAAAAGUUCCCACCUGAAGGCACACCGGAGAACGCACACAGGAGAGAAGCCCUACAAAUGCACGUGGGAAGGCUGCACCUGGAAGUUUGCCCGUUCGGAUGAACUGACCAGGCAUUACCGCAAACACACAGGAGUGAAGCCGUUCAAGUGCGCAGACUGUGACCGCAGCUUCUCCAGGUCAGACCACCUGGCGCUUCACCGUAGGAGGCACAUGCUGGUGUGAGGAAGGCUCCCAACCAGAUAGGCAGAAGAGCUGGGUCUCUUGAGGAGCAACUAACUCAGCAGGGCUGAGCCCCCUCUACAGUGUUAACAUCAAGGGCACCGUCAUCCCAUGGUGCCUGAAACCAGAGCAGGAACAAGAAGGAACCCUUCCCCUUUCAGCCUGAAGGUAACCCCCCACAUCAUGACCACGCUCAGCAGGGGAGAUGUCUGCGAGCACGCUGCCUGGGAGUUCAACGCCUUGUGUCCUGAAGAGACAGGCAUUGUUUCUCAUGCUAUGUCCUCUGCCAUUGAAAAGAUGUAAGCUUGUACAUUUUUCCGAGCUGGCAGACAUUCUGCUGUCAGUCCCUUAAAGGUCAUCUACCGCAAAUUGAUGGUUAGAGAAGACCUCAGUUUGGAUGAUUCUUCCGCGGCACCUCCCCCACCCCAAACCCUUUAGACAAAAAUUUCAGUUCCCAUCUCAGUAACCAGAACACACACCCAGCCCGGCACCAGCAAGCAGCAUGAACUAGGAAGGAAAGUGCUAUUGGAGAUGCUCCAUUCCCCAAACAGAAAGGCACACAGAAAUAGCCCUCUGUGCUAGCCAUGGUGGACCCACAUAGCACUCACACCUUGUCCUCAUGCCAUCCCCCGAAGAGAACCAACAUUGAGUCUUUUCAUUUGUUUGUCGUUGCUUGUUUUUGUUCUGUUUCGAUUAUGUUUUGUUCAUCUGUUUCAGCAGAGGGGCAGAGCAGUUUCUCAAACGCUAGCCCUGCUCUGCCCUGGCAUGGACUGGCAGAGGUGUUCUGUGGUUGAAUAGGAAGAGCCUGUCUAAAAUAAUAACAACAGCAAUAGUAAUAAUAACGACUGCCCCACUUCAAAUUGCAGUGUUCUGUCACCCAGGCAUCAUCUCUUCCUGCUCUUAGUGUUUGAUUACAAUGAAUCAAGGGGGAGGGGGACUUCCUUAGACACAGUGGCACCAAGGCGAGGGGUGGGACUGCCCAUGCAAAGGCAGUGAACAUGAAAAUGAGACAGAGCCGAGACGGAAAUAAUGCUCCUCUCGAGGAGAAAAGCAAUAAUGAACAGGACUUUCCUACAAUAACUCCACUGAGGACUCACGUUACCGAUUUUCGUACUUACUAAAGGGAUUGUAAAAAACACCCCAGCAUUUCAGAUGUCUUAGUUACAUCCAUGGCACUGAGGUAAUCUCUCCGCUGUUUGUUGUCCUACUUGCUGGAGUACCACAAUUAAAGAUCAUGCUCCCCCUUUCUCAUUUCAAAACAGUUAUUUGGUGACUAGAUAGGCAGAGCUGAUGAUUAACUCCUUAGCCAUUCGCUCUGUUUGGCGUGGGCGUGAGUCCGUGGAAAGAGUCCCCGUGGAAAGCCCGCCAUGGUGCUGCUGCUUCAACUCAGAGAGACAAGGGUCCGACUCUCCCCUGGAUUCUUCUCUACACAUUUCACUUUUUAAACUGUCCCAGAGUCCCCGUGCUCCCACAUCGGCAUCCACAGGAACAGGCAACCUGCUUUUCCUGGAGAAGGAUGAGAAAGUCAGGUUCCAUUACCCCUCCCAAGUGAAGAGCCUUUUGUAUCUUUCAAAAUACACAGGAAAAGCAAUACAUCUCCCAACAAGCACUCUUUCCAAUACGGUAACAUAUUUUUGUCCCCACUAAAAGCUGUUGUUUUCCCAGCUUUGUGUGGCCAUUGGGCUUGGUGAGAUUUUUGUUAAGAUUUUUUUUUUAUAACUUAACUAUGAAAGGUCUCCAGCAAAGACCUUUGCAAUAUAUUUCAAUGACAGAUGCUUGAUUUGGGAAAUCACACAAAUUAACCUCAUAACAUUGCUAGCUCCUUUCGAAAUAUCUGGUGACAGAGAUAUCCUUUAUAGUAUCCGCUUCUAAUCUGGGUAAUUGUAUUCUGACAAAGCAAAACUAUAAACACUACAAGAAGAACCGUCUGUGUUGGAGAGCUUUUAAAGGAAUUGUCAUAAAUGUUCAGGCAAAAGUAUCAUGAUUUACAGAUCAAGUUGGGGCUUCAAAAAUAUGUGCUCUAUGUUUUCUGCCAGGUCUGAAAAAUUCAUCAGGCAAUUUCCCUCCAACAAGGGCUGCAGUUGUAUUGAUAAAUAGCUUUAGCUACACAGGCUGGUACCCAUCAGCCAGUGGGAUUUUUUUUUUAACCAACUGAAACAUUUUAUUUUAAUCUGUAUUGUAUGCACUUCCUACUUCUCAUUGCCUGUUAUCAUUCAGAAUAAAAACAGGUUUCCUGAUGCAUGCCAGCAUUAGUAAUUGGCCAGGGCGAAGAGUGUAGACAGUAAACAACCAUGAUCUCCCCAAGUGCUGGCCCCAGAGCCUGGAUGGCAGGUAGUAGGGGACUUUAGAUUUGGCUUAGUUUGAUCUGCUCUCAUCAGAGCCAAUCUCUCUAGUGAGAGACAUCUUGCAAGUUUUAAAGGUAGACUUCAUUGAACUGACAGGUAUAGGAAGCUUCCUGAGUGACAUCUUGAUUUAAAUUUAGCACAGAACUAAACGAGUUGCACCUAACAGCUUAGGGAAGACUUGGGGAGGAAACGUUCCCCCUUGCUCUCUUUAAGUGGUAAACAUACUGAGAUGGUAAGAUCACUGAUAAAAUCUGCCAUCAUUACAGCAUUCCCCUCCUUUUACUUAGCGAUAUUUUUAGAAAGGAUCUAAGCACAAAUGAACAUGUCCCUGAUCUGACCCAAGAACUGAAUCUUACUUGGAACUCAUCUGGGGCAGUUCUCCUUGGUCAGUUUCCUAGACGUGUUCCUGUAUGACAGCAAGUGGUUUGGGACCGAAAGAAAUGGGGGGAUCCUUAGGCACAGAAAAGCCUCCACCCACUUCCUGUGAGUAUCUAGCUUCUUGAAAAGCACAGUGCACGAUAAACUAUCAGAUGGGGGAACGAAUCCUAAAGGACUGCUUGGGGUUUCCUAGCCAGAGCAUGUUUGGGCUUCAGAUUUGAAGUGGUUCGCCUUGCAGCUAGGGAGACUGUACCUGGCACACGCAACAGGGAGGACUGUUUGUCUCCUUGUGAUGUGAAGACUAAAAUGACAAGGGAGUUGGGCUGUUUGAGGGUUUUCAGAGAGUCCCUUAUAUUUCAAUCUUAAGUUGUUUGGAGACAAAGUUCCCACUCAGCUCCAGUCUCCUGCUGUCGGUUGCUUUGGACACUGUUUGAUUUUAAUUUCUUCUAGGCAUUUAGAAAGAGGUUCCUGACGGCUUCACCACAGAAAUUAUACUACUGCCUUUACAAAACACAUGCAGUUUUGUUUUCAAAAGUUGAGAAGCUUUGUUGUAGCCAAUGAGGUUUAUCCGAGGCACAGUUAUUGCUGAUUGAAAAAGCUGAGUGUCAGCUUUAUGAGUAAAAUGAGCACUUUUAAAUAUCGCCCUAAAGUUUAAAUGGGAAAGAAUAAGACAAGUGAGGGAGGGGCUUUCAAAAUGCUUCACUGUUUACAAAUGAAAGUUCUGGGUGAUUAGAAAAGCUAUGUUCAUCAUGGGUGGGAUUUGGAAUAGCUCACAUAAAAACUGUGUUCACUUUUUUUUUUUUUACAACUUGCCUAACUCCAAAUUGUCACUUGAAUCUGAAAUGGAAAUGUCAGUCUGCACUUUGAGAUCAGCCCACUAGAAUGAUAACAUGUAUAUAGAUAAGGAUGCAAUACUCCUUAGUCUGUGCUUUGUUUAUUAUACGUACCAAAGCUGGUGAGGCGGGGCCUUCAAUUGUAUUAAUAUGCCUUGUGUUCUUAUUAUGACUGCCUAGAAAUGUAGCUGAGAUGUUGUCUCAGGCUGUCUUAUCACUUUUACAUUGAGAAGUCAUAGAAGGGAAGCAGCGUCAACACCAGCACCCAAGCAGUCUGCACAGAAAGGAUCAAGUGUGAACUAGCAUUGACGGACCACCAUAGGCCCAGGAAGCCUUAAUACUCAUAGUUCAUAAUCCACUCUCAUUAAGUUUAUCACAUAAAUGUAUGCCAUCGGCCGAAUCUCUUCCUUGACAUUUUCUGAAGUUUCCCACAGAAGCGAUUUGACUUGGUUUAGUCUAAGGGAAGAGGUUUGGCCAGUCAGUCGUGUCUUCCAUAUUACAUUUCUCCUUAUUCCACACUGCCUUUCACUUACCUGGACAUACACCCCCAACACACGCACACACCUGCAUAUGCAGUGGCCAGCAGGCGAGUACAAUAUCCACCAAGAACUUUUUUUAAAAGAAAUAAUUUGUAAUGAUCCGUCCUGUGUAGAAAUGUAAGUUAUUACCUGACUAGAGAAUCAGCUUAUAAUACUAUGUAACUUUGCCUGCAUUUUAUAGUUAAGAAAUGUAUAUAAAAAUUUAAAAUGCUAUAUUUUCACAAUUUCAUUAUAGAGUGAUGUCUGUUUAGCAAACCAUACCCAUUGGUAUUUUAAAUAUGCUAAAUACUGAACAAUUGCAAUAGAAAUUCAGAUUUUCAUAAGAAAAUAAAAUGGAAGGAUACUGCAUCUUUAAAAAAUAGAGUGAAGCUAUUUUACUGUAUUCAUAACAUAUGUGAUAGUGGAAAAAUAUUUUCAAACAUGCAAAUUUUACAGAGGUUGUAAAUAGUUUGAUGACAUAUGUUGGGGGAAAGCUUCUAGUUUUCAUCACAAUAAAAAAACACUUGUUCAGAUAUGCCUUGUGUAUGGAUGGUACACACAAUUAGCAAUGUUGCCAUGGGAAAUGGUCCCUCUUGUUGAUGUUCUUGGUGCUUGGUCAGAAUGGAGUGGCCACUUGUCAUAGCUUAGACAGGAUGGUUUAAAGCUCAAAUGAAGUCAUUUUUUCUAAUGUCUUUUCUUGAAAAGGGAAAAAUGGGGACAUGCUUGUUUUAGAAAUAUCAUCUAACAAACAUUCUUUCUCCUUUAUUAUCUUCCUCCUCAACAAAGUAGUUCUCAGUUGAAAAAUAUAAGGUCAGGUGUUUAUUCUUGUUUAAGUUCCAGGGGGAUUGCUUUCUGGUGUAGGUACAUGCUGAUGAGGUUAUGUGUAUGGAUACUGGCCACAUAUUAAAAGAGUCUGUAGUGGCAAUAGGAAAAAGUCAAUGCCCAUUUUUUUCAGAGAUGAAUUAAAUGCUGAAAGUGCCUGUCAAUGAAUAUGACCAAUGUGAUAAUCCUAUGCUUUCACACAGCAAUAAUUCUUAAUCAUACUGGGUUUUUCCUACACAGUUUGAGCACACACACGGAGUAAAUAUAUGCACAUAGUAAAUUAAAUCUAUUCCCACAAACCCACAGAAAAGGGCUUUCAUCAUUUUGAAGCAUACCUAACCUUACUUGCAAUUAAUAUCUCUUCAUUUUAGUUGUCUUACUUGAAUAAGAUGGGGUGAAUAUAAAAAAUAAAGUUAUCUUCACUGUACAUGACAAUGUAGAACAGCUAUAAUGUUCAGAUAAAGUGUAUCUUAAACUUAUAAUGGAGUGUGUGUAGUUCAGAAAGGCUUGCUCAAUUAAAAACACUGAUGCACUUGGAGCAAAAUGGUUAGGGAAUUUGUCUGCUUUGUUUUACUCAUUUAGAGUAGUGCAUAGGUCCAUGUUCAUGUGUUCCUUUCUCUUUUCACCAAAUAUAUCCUGUAAUCAUUAUGGAGCAUAUGGAGGUGAACACAGACCAAUUAUUCCUCUUCCCUCCCCCCAAAAAUCUAGUGAUAGUUGUAAAAGCCUUCAGACAAUUAUUUACUUGAUCCUGACAGUUAUCUCCUCAUGGACAUUCCAAAGUUGUUUUUCUAAAAUUAUUUUAUGGCUACAAAUGGAGUCAUGGGUAAAAAUAAGCAAUGAGACUGUAUACAGACAGAGACCCAGCGUACUCUUCAGCUUUGCUAGCUCAGAGCAUGAAUUCAUCCACCCAACAGCUUUGCUGUUGAGUCUACUAGCAAAGCUUUACUAGAGCCAAACACUCUUUGAGAAUGGUUCUUAAUGUAUGGCUGUGAACAAGCCAUCAGGCUUUAGACAGUGUGAUACUGCAAUUGACAGCAUUCUUCAGGUCUAGAAGACAAUCCGCUAUUUACCCUACUCUGUUUCAGAAAGGAAGGAUGAAAACACGUGCAUCAGUAGAGAGAGGUGGAUAAGCAAGCAGGUGCCAUGUCAAAGCACAGCUACUGUGCUCCCUGGCCUCACUGACAUCAAACCUCCUGACUUCCUUCUUCCCAUGCAUGGUCUGGAAGCCCUGAAGAAUCCUGUGGGAUUCAAAGUUCUUGCCAAGUGCUACACUAAAAAUUGUAACACGGUUCCUCCAGUUUACACACCCGUUCUCCCCUUCAUGGAUGGAAAAGUGAGCCUUGAUGAGAAUGGCUGAGAUGUCCAUGGGCACAGAGUGAGUCAAGUAGGCAGAGUGGGAAUACAAAGCCUCCCGGCCCCACAGCCUGUGUUCUUUAUACUGUGGUGUACACCCCUGUUCCCUGUUCCUGGCUGCCUUGUUCCCAGACUCUAACUUGCUUUUGUUAUGCGAACUCUGCAGGGGUAAAAUGCCAGAACAUGAUGUAGCACACGAUGUAACAGUGGUACGGAUGAUCUAAAAUCAGCCCCUUACUAGAAACUCACUGAUGGGUGGUAAUUCUAGACAAAUAUUGAACCAGAGAGUUCCCUAAACCUGUUGAUUUCUUCUAAAUGUUUGCCCAGAACCCCAAAGAUCUUAAAAACCCUUCUUACUUCUUAUGGUCCCACUUAGUUUUUUCUCAAUUUACAUAUUUCUUUGUAUGUAUAGUAAUUCCUUUGACCCUAGGGCAGACCUGCUAUAACCUGUGGAGGGGUGUCUGAAAAUCCUCACCUCUACAGAGCUACUUCGUAACAGGUGUUCAUGGCAUAGUGAUGUCAGCACUCAUGCGACCAGUGGACAGCUCCUUUCCAGUGCUCCCACUUAACAGCACUGUCUUGGAAUGUUUUAAAUAGUCUCAUAAAUAAUUUGCUUAUAGUAUUGUUAGUUUGAAUUUUAUGCGGGGAGCUGUCUAACAUCAGAGAAAUGAAAUCCUUCCCAUUCUGCGUAGAAGAUAGUCUCUGACAGUAUUGAUUCAUGGAAGCACUAAUGGACUUUGAAAACAUGAAGAGUGCCAUUUCUCAGAGUGUUUCUGAAAAUGAAUCUCCUGAAUUAUGAUCUUUCUCCUUGUUAUUUGGCUGUGGGAAGAGAUAAAAGCUGUAUAAACCACGUCUCUUCCAUGCUGAAAGCAAGUGUCAAUGCCUACAACCUCCUGUAGACUUAGACUCCUGUCACUUAAUUGAGUUUCAACAACAAUUAUUUCUCCAAUGACAAUGCCACCACGUUAAGUGGGAUGACAAGAAAUGAAUAGUGGGAAUAGGCACAUCAAUAAUCUUUUUUUCCACAUUUCAUCUCUAGAAAUCUGAAGUGUUUCAGUGACUCCUGUCAUGAAUUAUUCUUUCUCAAAAGCAAGUUAGCCAAGUCCUUGACAGAGAUUUUUUGUUGAGAAAUGAGGGUUUAUAGGAGAGUAUUCAGCUUCACUUCUAUAAGUAAAAGUGUCCAGUCAAUCAGAAACUAAGAUAUUUUAGGGAUAUUUUGACAUCUUCCUUUUAUGCUCAUUUCAUUAUCUGAAAAACAACAUAAAUGUUAUAGAAAUGUAUUUUCCCUCUGCUCUCAUCAUUAGCUUUCCCAUGACAGAGUUUGUGAUGUAUUCAGAUCAUAGAAUUUAUUUUGUUCUUCAAAUUAUUACAUCCAGGGGGUAUUAUUGAACUGGGCACUGGUGCCUACAUACAAGGCUCUUUCCUAUCAACUUGUCUGUGUAUACUUUGUUGUGUUUGAAGGUUCAUUUUUGAAAACCACUGUCUCCCGCACCCCAUGGGAUGGCAUGGUGGUUGUAUUGUUUUGUUCAUGUCUAUGUGGGACACAUUGCAUCACAUGCCAAACCAACUGUGGAUGGACGUGAGAUAACUACUUAACAAAACCAGCUUGAAAACAUUGUCUUGUGUAUUAUGUCAUCCUGCCUCAUAAUGCAAUUAUGUGUAUCAUGAUCACUUUUUACAAAGAGAAACCAGCAAAUUCAUGUUUGUCCAUAGAAGGAUGUACUAGGAAUUGUCUGUGUUGUGAAAUGAUGAGAACAGACCACCUUUAAGAUACCCACCUGCCACUUAAAAUGACUUAGUUAUAAUUAGUAGUAGUCUAGACAUUGCUCUUGGUGUGUGUGUGUGGGGGGAGUCAGUGCAGACGUCAUAUUCCUCUGAGUAAAUCUCCAAGUCAUAUCUGAAAAACACAUGAGAAUAAAGAAACACAUCAUCUUUGGCCAAACCAAGCAGGUAUCUCUUUGUUUCUCCUCAACACUUCGCUCAUUACGCAUGGUCAUUGGAUCACAAGAUCCUUCUCUGUAAGAAUAUGAAAAUGUUCCUUAGUUUGCAAAAUGGUUAUUCUAGGCUCGAAGCCUCUACACAGCAAAGUGAAUAGAUGGGCUUCUUCUGAUUCAUUUUGUGGAUCUUAUCCUACAAAAAGACUCUUGGGCAUAUGACCCAGAGAGCUAAGAGUGCCCAGAGGAGAACCUACAUUAAAGGGUAAAAUCCCCCAAUGAUGCUGACAAGCAAAUGUGUCGAGUUCUUAAAUCUUUGUUUGGUUUUUCUGUUCUGAGUUUUAAUUGCAAAUGAAUUCAUUUCUUCAGCUUAAAGAUCUAAUUUCCUAAUAGUUUCCUAUGCAUUUAUAUACUCUGUAGUGUUUAGGCUGCUCCUGUUAUAAGUUUAUUAAUAUUAUGUAAGUGUUGUUCUUGUAUUUAUGUAUAGUGUAUGUAUUGUAAAUAUACUCAGAGCUUUUUCUUUUACUGUAAAAUGGUGAUUUUUUUGCCCUAUGAUAAUGAAAAGGGAGACUCUCCUAAUGAGGUUCUCUCGGAAGAGUAUUCCAGUCUAUUCUCAGAGAUUUAAAUGAACAAGUGUUAUCGUUUUCAAUGGUGUCUCAGACAUAUUCUGUUGGUGCAUUGCUUUUCUGUAUUCAACUUUCCUAUGAAUUGAGCUGUGAACUGAAAUAGAGUUUAAACCUUUAUCUGUAUGCAUUUGUAUAAUUAUCUGAAUGAAGGCAUGAAGGUUAAAUAAAGCAUUUUGUAUGGAA